ACACAAUGUCUUCUUCUUCUGCUUCACUUACACUCUUCUUCUUCUUUGCUUCUACAUUCCUCAAUGCCCACGCAUUCAACAUCACACGCAUCUUAAACCUGAACAAUGAGUUCUCUACUUUCAACAACCUUCUCUCCCAAACCGGACUCGCUUCCACCAUCAACUCCCGUCAAACCAUAACCGUUCUCGCCCUCUCCAACGACGCAGUGUCCGUUUUCUCCGACCAAUCAACCGAAGACAACAAGAAAAUCCUCAGCCUCCACGUCAUUCUAGAUUACUACGACAUCAAGAAACUCAAGAACCUCAACAAAAAAUCAGUAAUACUCACCACUCUCUUCCAAUCAAGCGGUCAAGCCAAAGGCCAGCAAGGUUUCAUAAACGCAACCGUUAUGAGCAACGGCGACGUCAUGUUCGGUUCCGCGGUUCCCGGAUCUAUCCUUGACGCUAAGCUUAUAGACUCUGUUGCGACACAUCCGUAUAACAUCUCCGUGCUUCAUAUUAGCAGUUACAUACCUAUCAUGAAUCCUGAAGGUCCUUCAGAUCAUGGUUCAUCUUCUUCACCACUUCCUCCACAACCUCCCGGUGAUGAUGAUUAUACUUAUGACGAGCCACCAUCCCCACCGUCCUCUACUACUAAGCCUGUUGUUGCUGCUGCUACUGCAAAAGCCAACUCAACAAGUGGAGUUUCAGCGAUUACUACUCAUAACUUGGCGUUUGCGUUUGUGAUCUCAUCCUUUUGGUUCUUCAUUACGGUCUGGUGAUGAAUAACAGAGUGCAAUAAUUAAAUAAACCAAAUCAGUGAAAGCCAGAAAAAAAAAGUGGAGAUUGGCAGCAAAAAGCUUUUAAGCUUUUUCACUCAAAACACAAAAGGGAGUUCAAGUUUCACAAGUUCUAUGGAACAAGGCAACAAAAUCUAAAGAAGAAAUAAAGUGGUUGAUGAUACAAUAAGGAUGGAGAAAUUUGUAAAACUCAAAAGUUCUUUAUUUAUUUGGAAGCGUAGAUAUAAUCCUUACUAAGCUGUGAAAGAUUUCAAUUGGAAGCAAUAAAGAGAAUAAAACAUGUAAGGUUUUCUUAAUA